AUGCUAAAAUUAAUAAAGAAUAUUAACACCUUUUUAAGUAUCCUUUUUUUUGUCCAUUUCCUUACUGUCAAUUGUAUUAAUAGUUCAUAUUACCAUUCAAGAAUAUGCAAGAUAAAAUUAAUUAAUAAUUCAAACCCUAUAACUGAUAAAAUAUUAAAAUAUUCCCAUUUUAUAAGAGUACCUAUAAAAAGUAUAUCCAUAAAUAAAAAAUCAAAUAAAACAUCAACUUUGUCUAAUACAGAACAAAAUGAUAGCGACUUAGAUAUCGAACUUGAGAAUUUAAUGAAAGAUAUAGAAGAUGGGAAACUGGGGGAUGAGUCACUAAAGUUGUAUCGAGAAGUUGAGAAAAAUGCUGCCAUAAAAGAGGAAGAAACAAAACAAAUCGAAGAACAGAUGAGCCAAAUAGACCAAAUGAAAUCAAUAAAUGAACAUAAUGUCGAAGAUGUAAUAAAUAAUACUGAUAGUGAUUUAAAAACAUGUGUUAGAAAAGCAUUUUAUAAUACAGAGAUUAAUGAAAAUGAUAAUCCAAAUGUUAAGAAAGAAUAUGCUAAUAUUAAUAAAAUCGAAAAAACAUUUGAGGAAAUUGAUGAUUUAAAUAGUCCAAAUGAAAAUCUUAAUAUAAAUGAUAUAUAUAAAAAAAUUAAUUCCAUGAAAGAUGAUGAUUAUAAGUCAGUUCCUUUCAAAGACACUGCAAAGGAAAUAAUGAAGUAUAAGGGAAUGUUACAUAUGCCAUAUGAAGUGGGAACCCUUUUAAAUAGUGCUAAGUUUGAUUGGAGAGAAUCAUUAGAUCAUAUUGAAUUAAAUAUUCCAAUUUUUGAUGAAACAAAUCAAGAAGAUAUUUUAUUUCAGAUAAAAAAUGAUUACAUAAAAUUAGAAAUAAUCCAAAAUGGAGAAAAAGUUACUUUAUUAGAUCAUAAAUUUUGUGGAAAAAUAUGUUCCGAUGAUGCAUAUUGGGUUAUAACAACGGAUUAUAAAAUAAAUGAAAAACAUAUUCAUUUAGUUCUUUCGAAAGUGGACCGUUUUAAAUAUAUUUGGGAAAAACUAUUUCAAGAUUUAUAA